GCCUGACGUUACCGCGCAGUGACGCAGGGAGACGCAGGGUCUCCUUGGUCGCGAGGCUCGUUCGGUCUGCUCACUCGUCCUUUCGGGAGCCGCUAUAUUCUGUGGGCCGCCGACUUCCGCUGCUUACUGACAAAAUGAAAGAUACUGGCAACGAAACAAACAAAACAAAACAAAAAAACAACAACAAAAAAACCAUCAAACUUUCAGUGCUGAGUGAUAAGGAAAGUGAAAGUGAAACCAAGCCAAAACUCUAAGAACACACACAAUGGGUGCCUUGAUAGCCAAGGAGCCAGAUCCUGGUGACUUGAUAGAAAUCAUCCGUGGUAUCUAUCAGCACUGGGCUGUGUACAUUGGUGAUGGGUACGUUGUUCACUUAUUAGGUCCCGAAGGUUUCGUGAAUGCCCGAGUAAAGAAAGAAAAACUCCAGGAUGUGGUCAACAACAACAAGUGGGAAGUAAAAAACCUUUUCGACGACACAUACAAACCAAGGCCAAUAAAGGAAAUUGUGGAAGUAGCCCUUUCGUGGGUGGGUAAGGAUGUGGAGUACAGUAUCUCUGACUGGAACUGUGAGCACUUUGCCACCUGGUGCCGUUACGGCAAAGCCAAGUCUCUUCAGGUGUUGAUGUCCCAGAUAAUGAUGCCAGGGGCUGUAGCCGUCGCAGAUGGUGUAAUGAAAGCUAGUAGAUAUAUAGGAACUCCUCUCAUUGGAAUAUCAACAUCACUUUCAAAGUCUCACUCCUCCUGAACUUAUUCCUGUGUCAAAAAUGUUCCCAAAUGUUCCCACCCUACCCUUGUGAAAAUAAACAUAUACAAGUAUA